CGCCCAGCAACCAUGUCUGGAGGUUGGAAUACCAUAGAGUCUGAUGCGGGCGUUUUCACGUAUCUGAUUGAGAAGCUCGGGGUUAAGGACGUACAGUUUGAGGAGCUCACUACGCUCGAAGCUUCCGACUUGCAGAACCUCGGGACCAUCUAUGGUGUGAUUUUCCUCUUCAAGUACCCCACGGGCGAGAAAGCCAGCGACGUCCCCAAAGACGGCACGUACGACUACGAGGCGGCGAAUUCCUUGUUCUUCCCGGCGCAAACCAUCCAGAAUGCUUGCGGAACCCAGGCGAUAGUCUCGCUUCUGCUGAACAGGGAAGAGGAGAUUGAUAUCGGAAAGGAAUUGAAGGAGUUCAAGGAGUUUGCUGGCGACUUUCCGCCAGAACUACGCGGAGAGACGCUUUCAAACUCAGACCUUAUCCGCGAAACACACAACUCGUUCGCGCGUUCGUCUCCCUUUGUCGAUGAGACGCAGCGAACCGUGACGGAAGACGACGAUGUAUUCCACUUUAUUGCUUACACAAGCAUAAAAAACACGCUCUACGAACUCGACGGCCUGCAACCGGCGCCCAUCUCCCACGGGCCCUGCACUGCCUCGGAGUUUCCUCAGAAGAUCAUUCCCGUGCUGCAGCGCCGCAUCGCACGCUACCCUGCGACGGAAAUCCGGUUCAACCUCAUGGCGUGCUGUCGCGAUCUGCGUAUUCGCGCCCGAGAAAUCGGCGACGAGGACGAGCUGGAAGAGCAGGAGGAUAAGCGUGCGAGGUGGCUGUGGGAGAACUCGUUGCGAAGACACAACUUUGUGGGCUUUGUGGGCGAGUUGCUCAAGAGUGUUGUCAGGGCAAAGUUGGACCAGGGUGGGGAUGCCUAUGACAAGUGGGUUGACGAGGCCAAGGGCCGGUCGGCAAAGAGGAGGGAGGAGUUGAGGAAGCAGGGGAUUGCAGAGGAUUAGGGGGAUAGGGACGGUGAAGGUCAUGUGAUCCAGAUGACGCUGCAUAUGAGAACAUACACGACUCUGAUAAUGACGAAUACA